GCAAAAGAUCUUGAUUUGAAUUAUUUGGGUAGGAUAUGCAUAUGGGACAUGUGAUAUCGCUUUACAUUUAAUGGUUUUUGAGGCAUGACUAUUUCAUGGUUUUAUAGAUGCUUAAAAUCCGUCUACUUUCUUUGUUAACAGCCGUGUAGCAUGUGUAGAGUGCAGAGAGAGGGGUUUAUUUACUUCAGCACUUCUGGAUUUACGCUAGUCUAAAUAUAUAUUUUCUUCAUCAGUGCUGUUUCCUGUGACGCGAUAAAAUGGCAGUGGUUACCUGUCGUUGGUUUUUCAGAGCGCUUGCGCCCGUGAACCAAUGUCAGGGUACCAGUCUAAAUUGAGAAGUAUAACAGGGCACUUCCGGUAAAUAUGACGGCGUUUGCCGAUGAUUACCGAUGUCGUAACACUAGGCGCACUUGUUUCAUAAGCCGGGUCAAGCCGGUUAAUAUUCCGGAACCGGGCAAGUCACUUGUUUCACAUAUAUUUAAGCCGCCGGGCGGUCAGAAAGUAGCCCGGAUCGCCCAAAAAAUUUCGAGCGGCCAAAUGAAAAGCAAUAUGGCGGAAAAUGGAGCAACAGCACCAAUACCAGCCAAUCCGGCUUAUUUUUCACUCGUUUCAGCGACACUAACCGGGUCAAUAUGCCAUGUGAUAAAAGUGAACCGGGUCAUCGCCCGGCUGUCUGAAACAAGUGCGCCCAUUGUUUCUGACUAAGCGUUAUCGAACGUCGUAAACAAGCAUGGCUCUUCGUCAACACGGCUUGAUGGAAGCUGGCAUUAUUCAUGCCUUAAGAUGAGAGCAAUAUACUUAACAGAGGAAAGA